AUGCUCCCUAUCCAGGCUCUCGAGGCUCAGGCUUCUCACCCUCCGCCAGCUGCGCACUCUGACGCCAUUGUCACUACCGAGAGCACCGAAAAUCGCAACCAGAAGCCCAAGACGCUACCCUGCAAGUAUUGCAGCAAACAUUUUCGCCGGGUCGAACAUGUGCAACGGCACGAGAGAACUCACACAAAGGAAAAGCCUUUUGCCUGUCCGUGGGAUCGAUGCGGCAAGACAUUUGGACGACGGGACCUCCUCGUGCGACAUGAGAAACUCGUUCACUUGAAUGAAGCCAGCAAAGACAAUGCUCGUCCCAGGCCCUCGUCGUCGAGCGCGGGCUCGCAUAAGCCCUCGCUAUCUGACAGUCACGUCGAGCCCGAUGCUAUGAGCAUGCACCGGACGACCAUGACUCCUGUUGGGCCGCCGCCGCCGCAGCAAAUGUACCAUCCCCAGCCGCCUAUGCCGAAUAAUGUGCAACCGAUGCAGCAACCGAUGCAACAGGAUAACGCCAUGAAAUCGAGGAUGACUGCCUGUAAUCUUGACGUUCUGUCUGAUGCCGCACUGGCUAGUGAGGUCAGCUCCAUGGCACCGAUGAUGAACAACAUUGCCCAACAACCGACUAGUCACGCAAGAUCGAAAGGCUUCGGUGAAGCCAUACCUCAAUUUGGUGAACGUCAACCUCCAGAUCAGACGCAUGGUAUGCCGACAUUUGCUCAGCAGGCAGCUCAACAGCCCGCAUAUGAUGACUACAAUGUUUUUCUGGAUGACUUUUCUUUCGCGCCGCAUUUUCUACCGCCGCACUUUGAACCAGACCAACCCAUGAACAUGUGGAGCCGCUCACCGGCUGGUAUGAACCAGAGAAUGGCCUCGAAGCCAGUGUCGGCGAUGCCUUCACGUAUCGGCUCCCUUGGUCCUGAUACCCGCGAUGCCACAGAUUUUGCCGGGGAUACUUCACGCCCUUCACCACUGCGUAUAUCUGCCGCAGAUUAUUCGAUUAUCAAGAAGAAGUUGGAUGAAUUUUCGUCUGUGUUGUCUAGCGACUUUGCGUUCCCGUCAAGGCAUACUUUGACGCGAUUUGUCGAAGGCUACAUCAGCGGUUUCCACGAUCUACUACCUGUUCUACAUUUACCCACGCUGUCACCCGCAGCCAUCGCGCCCGAGCUCUUGCUAGCAAUACUCGCCGUUGGAGCUCAAUACCGGUUUGAGAGCAACCGAGGCUACGCCCUUUGGUAUGCCGCGAAGUCGGUAGCCAUGGAACAAAUUCGAAGAAGACAUAGCUCAGAGAUUCAUGCGUUAUUGCCCAAUGCGGCCUCGUAUAGCCCACAUUCAACUCGCCCUUCACCAACUUCUGCAUAUCGAAAUUCUUUUGGUUCGGGCCAAUCAGAGAGACCAUCUACCAACGACGGAAGCCGUGAUACACUCUCCCUGAACACUCCUCAAGCACGAUUAGAGACUAUACAAGCCAUUUUGCUGCUCUUUGCUGUUGGUCUAUGGGGCAUCAAGACGAUUCUGCAUGAGUCUCUUUCUCUUCAAAGCAAUUUAGCGAUUCUAAUCAGAGAGGAAGGCCUGUACAUGGACGCCAGCCAAGUAGGUAUUACUGAUUGGGAGACAUGGGUCCAACGUGAAGGCGCUCUGCGAACGAAACUCAUAGCAUUCUGUUUCUUCAAUCUGUGCAGCAUGACGUACGACAUGCCACCGGCGCUGCUAACAUCUGAAGUCCAUCUCUUCCUGCCGUUGACUGCACGGCUAUGGCGUGCCGAGACAGCGUGGCAAUGGCAAGAACUUCGGCAAUCGACGCCACUAAUUGAAAUAACGCUGCACGAAGCGUUCUCCAAAUUUUUCGGCCCCCACAACGCAGUCUUACCAUCAGAGCUUUCAUCGCUCGGACACUAUGUACUGAUCCAUGCCUUGAUUCAGCAUGUUUAUCUUUUGAAACAAACUUCCUUUGCUUCUGGCUUGAUGUACGAUAUACAGCGCACUUUGAGGCCCGAGGAUGUCGAGACAGGCUCGCAGGCCCUGCGAAUGUGGCAUACGAGUUUUGAGCAGCGGCACCAGCUACGAGCCGCCGAAACGAACAACUUUGGAGGCACCGAUACGAUGACUGGAGGGUCUCUGGUGUACAAUGCGACGGCAUUACUGCGCUUGGCAUACAUCCGACUCUACACUGACACGCCUCCUAGCAGGGCGCUGCAGACGCGAGACUCGAUGUUGAUUGCGUCGGCGAUGCACAACACACCCGGGCUGCCGCGUAACUUUCGCGUGCAGCGAGCAGUUUUUCAAGCAACCCACGCCUUGUCCAAGUUGGUCAAAGUAGGGGUCAACUACGUGGCCAAGGCCAAGUCGACUGAAUGGAGCAUCCAGCAUUCACUCUGCAAUUUUGAGUGCGCUAUCCUUGUGGCUAAAUGGCUUAUGAGCUUAGCAUCGAUAGGCCCUCAAGAUCCACCGGCAUCAGCCGAGGAAGUGAACUUGCUCGAGACUGUACGGCUCAUGGUAGAUGAGACGGAGUUUGCCGUGCCUCAGCGAGAUGCGAAUGUCAGCGAUGUUGUCAAGCUCCGACAGCUUGCGAGUGCCGUCGUGCGGCUAUGGUCGGAAACAUUCAAGGGUACGCACAUCUUCGACAUGAUCAAGACAAUGGGAGAUAGCCUGGACGGCUACGCCAGCCUUACCGAAAAAUCAUAG